AUGAGAUACCACUUGAAAGAUGUCAUUGUGGGUAAAAUCUAUUUCCUUCUGGUGAGAAUCAAAAUCCAGCACAAGGAACUUCAUUGGAUAAAGAAAGAGAUGACUGGAAUAGGGCCUAGCACAACUACAGAGACGGAAACUGUCGCCAAGUACGACAUAAUGGAUGGCGCCCCUGUGAAAGGUAAGCACAAUAUGGUGAGAGUCCAAUUUUUGGCUAGCUACGACCUGACAGCCACCAUGAGGGACGUCAACAAGAAGUUCUCUGUGCCGUGCUUCCUCAACCUGGUGCUAGUGGAUGAGGUGGACAGGAGAUACUUCAAACAGCAGGUACAGAACAUCAAAGCCAACCUCCAUUUACCAGUCUGUUGUUAUUGUUCCAAGACUGCAGAUACACUAUAUACAGUACCAGGCAACAUGAAGGAGAAACAAUGGAAUGAUGUCACUAACUGA